AUGUCCCGAUAUCCAGUAGAGCCGGCUGAUGAAUAUGGUGAUCAAGUGACAAGAAUUGUCAAAGAGCCAAUUGAAUUAAGAUCCAUCUGUAGCGUGAUUACAAGAUCAAAGAAGAAAGCAGCGCAUAGUUCACACCAAUUACCAACGAAAUCUUCAUUUCCAUUGAAGACUACAACGGCACGCGGUUCAUCAUUUUACAUGGAACUUCGAUCAAACACAUCGAGACCACCAUCAGACCAACCUUCAUCCAACACCACAGCAACACCAAUGGAUACAACCGUCAAUUCAGUACCAACAGAUGGCCCUUCAACAUUUCCAUUGCCAGUUAAGACAUCACCAUUUCAAAUCAAGAAGAUUAAGGAAGCGCAGACGAAUGAUGGUUAUGUUAGAAACAUAAUUCAAACACUUACAGUAUUGGACAAAUCUCAACAUGAUCUGUUAAUGAAAGAUGGGGUUUUGUACAAGUUAUUGGAUCGUGAUGGCAAAUCGAUUAGUGUCCCAUACAUUCCACAACAAUUAGUGAAGGAGGUAUUGUACUUUUCUCAUGACUUACCGACAUCGGGCCAUUUCGGAAGAGACAAAACAUGGAACCAAUUGAAAAACAAGUGUUACUGGCCGCGAAUGUACAAUGACAUUGAAAAGUAUGUUAGAUCUUGCCAAUUCUGUUCACAGUUUAACAUUAGACGGUCAAAACCAUCAGGAAGACUGGACCCUAUUGAACCUCCAGCUGAGAUAUUUGAUUUAGUGGGAAUCGAUUUUGCUGGACCAUUCCCACCAACAACAGAAGGUAACACACACAUUUUAGUGAUCACGGAUUACUUAUCCAAAUAUGUGUUCGCUAAAGCUCUCCCAGAUUCAACGGCGAAAUCAGCAUCGACGGUCCUUGUGGAACUGUCAUUACAAUUCGGAGUACCGAAUGUGGUUUUAUCAGAUAAUGGCCCAAGUUUUAUCGCUGACUUAUUUCAAGCAGUGGCAACACAACUGGGAUGUAAUCGUAUUCUUUCCACCCCUUAUCAUCCAGCUACCAACGGCCAAGUUGAACGGAUGAACGCAACAAUUAAAGCAACGUUAGCCAAAUUACAAAAGCAGUAUUUUUAUGAUUGGGACCAAUUCUUAUCCGGA